AUGAUUAAAUUAGUAUGGGUUGACAGCAAAAUUAACAAUAGUGAGAACUAAAGGUAUUAGUAAAGAUUAAAAUCUAUAAUUAAUGACUGUAGCUUCAUUGAUUCAGCUAUUGAUGCUUUGCAAAUUGUACAAAAUCAGCAUAGGGGAGAUUAUUUAGUUGUAAUUGUUUCUGGCAGUUAAAUUUAUGAAUCUCCAAGCAAAUCUUUAAACUCUCAUUAGAUUGUGUUUUGUGGAAAUAUUUAGGCUAAUUUCCUUAAAUUUUUAGAAUCAAAUCAUCUAUUGGUUCUUGUGAAUAAGGGUAUUCUGAAAGUUGAACAUUUUGUAAAGGAAAAUAUAGAAUUCAUCAAAGCUCAAUAGUCCUUAAACUUAUAGUUUAUUUAAAAAAUUAACAAUUAAGAAGAAUAUAAUCAUUAAUUUUAGGAAAUAAGUAUUAGGUUUCUAUUGAUAAAUUAAUAAUUAUAAUACAACUACGAUGCCGAUGAGGAAUUACUAAAUUUAGAAAUUGGAAAACUAACAUCAUAAGGCCUAUUAACCACUUUUCUACAAAGUGUAAAAAGAUAAGAAGAUUUGAAAAUGGCUCAAAAAAAUUAGAAAUUCACUAAUUUUGAAAAAUUAAUAUACUAUUACUCAAGGGAAGACUAACCAAUUUCUUUUUAUAAGGUGUUGAAUCAGAAACUUGCCUAAUAAAAAUAUGAAGAAUUGGAAUAAAUCAUGUGCACAAUAUUUGAUGGUUAUUCUAAUCUCAAUUUUAGGAUAUAAAAUUAAAAUACAUUAUAUAGAGGAAUAAGUUUUAAUAAAUCUCAAAAGUAAAUUUUUGAAAAAAUCAUACAAGAACUUACUUAUUGUUAUCAAAACAACAAAAGUAUAUUUUGGAACUCUCUAACAAGUACUACAAUGAAAUAAAGUGCAGCAUAUCAUUUUUUGAGACAUGAAUUUAGAAUUUUAUUUGAAAUUUCCUUGGCUUAAUCUAAUCCUCACCCUUGUUUUAAACUUGAGGAAUAUCACUCAUAAAUUCCUUCUGAGGAGGAGGUACUUUUAUUUCCUUAAUUUGAAUUUCAAAUAUCAAAUCUAACUUAUGAUGGGUAAAAAUAUACAGUUAUGAUCUAAUAAGUUGAGAAUAAUUUUUCGAUGGCUUUAGAUAGAGCAAUGCGAUAAGAAUAUUGGGACACAAGGAUUAGAGAAGAUUUUCUUCCAAAACUACUUUAAAUUGCUUCUUUUUANUUAAUAUUAAAGCAAAUGUUGAUUCAAAAAUAAUAAUAAUAUAAAAAUUAAUUGACUGAAUAAAAAUUGUAUAAAUGAUUAAAUUAGUAUGGGUUGACAGCAAAAUUAACAAUAGUGAGAACUAAAGGUAUUAGUAAAGAUUAAAAUCUAUAAUUAAUGACUGUAGCUUCAUUGAUUCAGCUAUUGAUGCUUUGCAAAUUGUACAAAAUCAGCAUAGGGGAGAUUAUUUAGUUGUAAUUGUUUCUGGCAGUUAAAUUUAUGAAUCUCCAAGCAAAUCUUUAAACUCUCAUUAGAUUGUGUUUUGUGGAAAUAUUUAGGCUAAUUUCCUUAAAUUUUUAGAAUCAAAUCAUCUAUUGGUUCUUGUGAAUAAGGGUAUUCUGAAAGUUGAACAUUUUGUAAAGGAAAAUAUAGAAUUCAUCAAAGCUCAAUAGUCCUUAAACUUAUAGUUUAUUUAAAAAAUUAACAAUUAAGAAGAAUAUAAUCAUUAAUUUUAGGAAAUAAGUAUUAGGUUUCUAUUGAUAAAUUAAUAAUUAUAAUACAACUACGAUGCCGAUGAGGAAUUACUAAAUUUAGAAAUUGGAAAACUAACAUCAUAAGGCCUAUUAACCACUUUUCUACAAAGUGUAAAAAGAUAAGAAGAUUUGAAAAUGGCUCAAAAAAAUUAGAAAUUCACUAAUUUUGAAAAAUUAAUAUACUAUUACUCAAGGGAAGACUAACCAAUUUCUUUUUAUAAGGUGUUGAAUCAGAAACUUGCCUAAUAAAAAUAUGAAGAAUUGGAAUAAAUCAUGUGCACAAUAUUUGAUGGUUAUUCUAAUCUCAAUUUUAGGAUAUAAAAUUAAAAUACAUUAUAUAGAGGAAUAAGUUUUAAUAAAUCUCAAAAGUAAAUUUUUGAAAAAAUCAUACAAGAACUUACUUAUUGUUAUCAAAACAACAAAAGUAUAUUUUGGAACUCUCUAACAAGUACUACAAUGAAAUAAAGUGCAGCAUAUCAUUUUUUGAGACAUGAAUUUAGAAUUUUAUUUGAAAUUUCCUUGGCUUAAUCUAAUCCUCACCCUUGUUUUAAACUUGAGGAAUAUCACUCAUAAAUUCCUUCUGAGGAGGAGGUACUUUUAUUUCCUUAAUUUGAAUUUCAAAUAUCAAAUCUAACUUAUGAUGGGUAAAAAUAUACAGUUAUGAUCUAAUAAGUUGAGAAUAAUUUUUCGAUGGCUUUAGAUAGAGCAAUGCGAUAAGAAUAUUGGGACACAAGGAUUAGAGAAGAUUUUCUUCCAAAACUACUUUAAAUUGCUUCUUUUUAUUCAAUAAGAAUAAAUUAUAUAAUAAAAAAAAUAGGAUAAUUCUCUAUCAGUGAUGAAUAUAAAAGAAAAUGUUUAAAAACUAAUUCAGAUGAUUAUUUUUUGAAGAUAGUUUCCCAGUUGCAAUUUUUUUGUGAUAAUUAGGAUUAUUAUAUCAAAAUCCUCUCAUAAAUGUUAUAAGUAAUAUAAAAAGAGUUCUCCUUUUAGAAUAACAUAACAGAGGAAUUUUUGUAAGUGUUAAGACAUUUAUUUUUAGUAAGUACAUAACGAAUAAUUGAUGAAUUUAUCAUGCUAAUUAAAAAGAUAUAUAAUCUUGAUUAGUUUUAGUAAGACAUUUCAAAUUUAGUGCGGCAAAGUGUUAAUGAGGCCGAACAAAUGAGAUAGGAAAAAUAAUAGAAGUAUAGUAUUGAUAAAAUCUUGUAUUAAGCAUUUUAAUUUAAGCAAUAUUUUUAUAACCAAAUGUUUACUUUGCUAAAAAAAAAGAAACUUUCUAAGGUUCUAAAGAAAUGUAAUGAUCCAAUGUUAAUAGAUUUGUGUCAAGUUUUAAAAAUGGUUAUGGUAAGUGAUUUUAAUUAAAAAAAUUACUCGACUGUAGAAUACGCGGCAACUCGAAAAUCCCUCAUCUUCAUACCAAAUAUCACAGAUUUUUUGAUAUUUUUAGUACAGCUAACAGCCUUUGAUUCCAGAUUUAUCUAAUGUGGAUCCAAUUCACUAAACUUAUUAGUAGAAAUGAAGGCAAAUCUCCAAUAAUAAUUUUUUGGGAAUAUAAAGAUUAAAGAUACAAGUUUAAUUGGCGCUAAUAUGUCAGGAUGUAAUUUGAGUGGAUCUGAAUUUGAUAAUGUUGAUAUAAGUGGAAUGAAGUUACAUGGCUCCCAAUUAUUUAAUUGUAAAUGGAAAAAUAUGAAAGUUAAUGAAUAAAAUUUUCCAGAUGGUCAUAUCCGACCUAUCUUUUCAAUUUGCUUCUCUGAUUGCGGGCGAUAUUUAGCAUCUGGUGGUGAAGAUUGCUUUAUCUAUAUAUGGAAUAUUUUUAGUGGAGAAUAAAUUGGUUAAUUAAUUGGACAUAGUUCAUAGGUUUAGGCUUUAUGCUUUUGCUCGAAUGAAACUUUGGCAUCUGGGAGUAAAGAUAACACAAUUAGAUUUUGGGAUCUUGAGAGCGGAUUAGAAUAACACAAAAUAGAAUGUAAUAAUGUAGCAUCACUCUGCAUUUCACCUAAUAAAAUUACUUUAGCGUCUGGAAGUUAUGAUUUCAUCAUCAGAUUAUGGGAUUUGAAGACUGGAGAAAAUAGACAGUUAAUUGGACAUAACUUGUUUGUUUUAUCGUUAAGUUUUUCUCAAGAUGGCUUAACAUUAGCAUCUGGUGGUGCAGAUGGGACCAUAAUUUUGUGGGAUUUUAUUAGUAAAAUAGUCAAAACUAAGUUAAUAUGUCAUUAGAGUUGGGUCUUUUUUGUAUGCUUCUCUCCAGAUGGUGCUAAAUUAGCAUCUGGUAGUGCUGAUAAAUAUAUAUGCUUAUGGGAUAUUAAAAAAGAUAAACUAAUAGCCAAAGUAAACAGUUAAAAUUAAGUAAGGUCAGGGUGUUUCUCUUCAAAUGGGAAAAUAUUAGCUUCGGGUGGUUUAGAUAAAUCUAUUCAUUUAUACGAUGCUUAAACUUUAAAAUUAAAGAAACAAUUAAAAGGUCACCUUGGUGGAGUUAUGUCAGUCUGUUUCUCUCCUAUUAAUAGUCUAUUAGCAUCAGGUAGUGAGGAUAAAACUAUUCGUAUUUGGGAUGUUGAGCCUGUAGAACAAAAAUUAGAAAAAUUAAUUAAUACCUAGAUGGUCAAAUUUGUAUACCUUUCUCCUGAUGGCACUACAUUAGCAUCUGGUUUGUAUGAUAAGUUUAUUCAUUUAUGGGAUCUUAAGACAGGAGAAUAAAAAGCAAAAUUAGAGAAUCGUUGUGGUAAAGUUUGGUCUCUAUGUUUUUCUCCUGACGGUACUAUAUUAGCAUCUGGUAGUGUGGAUAAUUCUAUCUAUUUAUGGGAUGUUGAGACAGGAUAAUAAAAAGCUAAAUUAAAUGGUCACACUAAUGGAAUUUUAAGAAUCGGGUUCUCUUCUAAUGGUAGUAUUUUAGGAGCUUUAAGUGAGGACCAUUCCAUCCGUUAUUGGGAUCUAACUAGCAGAGAAUUAAUUGGGGGUGUUGUUUAACAAGAGAUCUCAUUUAAGGAUUCCCUUUAAAACAAAUCGUUAAUUAAUUUUGAUGAGAUGAGUAUAAUGUUAUUUUUAUCUUUAGUUGAAUCACGCACUAUUUUCAUAUUAGGUAAGGGGUCUCAUAAACUGUUAGCCCAUGGAGCAUUGAUUUUUAAAGGGGAAUUUACAACCUAAUCUAAUAUUGAUUUCCAUCAACUUUUUAUAAAGAAAGGAGGUUAAUUUGUAGAAUAGAUAUUAAAUUUUUAGAUAUUCUGA